AUGACUGCAGAUCAGGCGAUAGUGAUAGACAAUGGUUCCUAUCAGGUGAAGUUUGGCUUGGCGAGCGAGGUGCGGCCGCGAGUGGCGCUGAAUGCGCUGGCGAAGGACAAAUAUGGUGUGACGCAUCUCUCUAACCAGGUCCAAAAUAUCAAGGACAUUUCUUCUGUGGUGUUCCGGAGACCGCACGAGUUGGGACAGUUGACAUCGUGGGAGUUGGAGAGUUGUAUUUGGGACUACUGUUUGUACAAUCCAGAUGAGUUCGGUAUCGAUUGGCAAAGCUUGGAGAACAGGCAUGUGGUGCUGUCCGAGACCUGUAUGACACUGCCUGAGCUGAGUAAGAAUACGGAUCAGGUAUUAUUUGAAGAAUACGAGGUCGAUUCUCUGUACAAAGCACCAACAGCUGCAUAUAUCCCUUUUUACACUACAAAUGAGAAUAUAAAAACCAUCUCUGGAAAAUCUGAUCAUGGGGAGCUCGACAUUGAAGAAAAAAUUGAAGCUGGCAAGGAAUACAACGACUUCAGCUUGGUGAUAGACUCAGGUUUCAAUUGUACAUGGGUGAUACCUAUUGUUAAGGGUGUACCAUACUAUAAGGCAGUUAAGAAAUUAGAUGUUGGUGGUAGAUUUCUAAAUGGUCUACUCAAAGAGACAAUAUCAUUCAGACAUUACAAUGUGAUGGAUGAAAGUAUCUUAGUAAAUAAUAUUAAAGAACAGUGCCUAUAUGUGGACCCUGUAUCUUAUUUUGAAGCAUUUAAAGCAAAAGGCAAGAAUAAGAUCGAUUUUGUUUUACCAGAUUUUCAAACAAGUUUUCAAGGGUAUGUACGAGAUCCCAAGACAGCUCUUCCCGAUAACGCUCAGAUAUUGACACUAACUGACGAACGUUUUUCAGUCCCUGAAGCAUUUUUUCAUCCAGAGAUAUCACAAUCACUGAAGCCGGGUAUUAUUGAGACUGUCUUAGAAAGUAUCUACAUGCUACCUGAGUUAUUGAGACCCUUGAUGGCGAGUAAUAUUGUAUGCAUGGGAGGAAAUUUUAACUUGCCUGGUUUCACUGAUAGACUAGUGUCAGAACUUCAAAGGCAAUUGCCCACUGAUUGGGUUUGUAGGGCGAAAAUAUCAUCAGGAGAUAAAUCGCUAACCGGAUGGACAGCUAUGGCUAAAUUCGCUCAUACAGAUGCCUACAAAAAAGCACGAGUUACUAAAGAAGACUAUUUUGAGCACGGCUUGGAUUGGACAACUAAGGAACGGUUUGGUUAUCAAAAUUGGGUAUGA